GCUUCAGCUCUGCAUUCGGAACCAAGAUGGCAACGUCUAUAACGCUAAGCCUAAACAAUUUACCGUCGGAUCCUUUACUGCUGGUGCUGUCAUUUCUGGACUUCAGGGAUCUGAUCAGCUGCAGUUUUGUAAGUCGUCGACUCAAUGAGCUGACAGGACACAACCCGCUAUGGAAAAGGUUUUGCCAGCAGCACUGGCUCCUUACGGAGUCAGAUAAAGCAAAGAGAGGCGUGACCUGGAAGGAGCUGUUUCGGGAGUAUUACGCUGAUCUGGGCCGUUACAUCGUCCACUACAGAUCUCUCAAGAAAUCAUGGGAUGACCUGAAGAACUACCUGAUUCAGAAAUGUCCUCGAAUGAUAGCUUCACUGAAAGAGGGAGUAAAGGAGGAGGAGCUAGACACCAUUGAGACUCAGAUUGGCUGGAAACUUCCUAAUGACUACCGUUGUUCCUAUAGGAUACACAAUGGGCAAAAACUAGUGGUCCCUGGGUUGAUGGGUAGCAUGGCUUUGUCCAAUCACUAUCGCUCAGAGGACCUGUUGGACAUUGAGACAGCAUCAGGGGGAUUUCAACAGAGAAAAGGCAUGCGACAAUGUCUUCCCCUCACUUUUUGUUUCCACACCGGCCUGAGCCAGUACAUGGCUCUGGAGAGCACAGAGGGACGAUCACGCAGUGAGAUCUUCUAUCAGUGCCCGGAUAAGCUGGCACAAGAUCCAUCUGCUAUUGACAUGUUCAUUAUGGGCUCUAACUUUACUGAGUGGUUUACUUCUUAUGUCGAUAACGUCGUUACAGGAGAAUACCCCAUAAUUCGGGACCAGAUCUUCAGGUAUGUUCAUGACAAGCGUUGUGUAGCAACCACUGGUGAUAUCACCAUAUCCGUCUCUACCUCCUUCCUGCCAGAACUCAGUUCAGUCCAUCCACCACAUUUUUUCUUCACUUAUAGAAUCAGGAUUGAGAUGGCAAAGUCGGCCCUGCCAGAGAAUGCAUGCCAGCUAGACAGUCGGUACUGGAAGAUCACAAAUGCAAAUGGAAAUGUGGAGGAGGUCCGUGGCCCAGGCGUUGUGGGUGAGUUUCCAGUGAUGACACCUGGUAAAGUUCACGAAUAUGCCAGCUGCACCACGUUUUCCACCACCUCCGAGUACAUGGAAGGCCACUACACAUUCCACCGGCUCAAGAACAAAAAGGAAGUGUUUGACGUUUCAAUCCCACGAUUCCACAUGGUGUGCCCACCAUUUCGUGAAUCUAUGGUGCGGUCGGGCUCAGUCAGUGAGGUGUCUGCUCCUUAUAAUGAUGAGAAUUCAUCAGACACCGAUGACUAUGAGGAUGGAGAAAUGCAUGGCAUGAACAUGGCUGACCAAGGAGGACGCUGCCCUCGGCACAUCUGAUACACUUUUGUACACCCACCAACAGAUACUAAAACACAGACACACUCACACAAACAGGAGAGCAAGAGGACAAACAGAGCUUGUAGGCAUCCAUUGUUUAUUGUAGAGUGCCUUUGUGCUUGUCACCUCUUGAGCUUUCUCUCCAGUUCGUGAGGGGGCGUGUGUGUGUGUGUGUGUGUGUGUGUGUGUGUGUGUGUGUGUGUGUGUGUGUGUGUGUGUGUGCGUCGCGUGCGUGCGUGCCUGUGAAUGUGUGAGAUCAUUGUAUGUGUGUUUGAGUCUGCAAGUGUGUUUUGUUAUUGAGUGGAAGCCAAAUAGUUUAUCGAAUGAAUGAAAGUAUGUGACGUCAGUUUUACUUGCCGGGGUUACACAAUAAUCUACCACCUACUGAAGAACACACGAUUACAGUAACCCUCAUGAGCACGAAGAGAGAGUAUGACGCUCCUGUUAUGCCAUUUUCCUUUAGAAACAAGCGCACACACUUGCUGAAUUGGGAAUACUCACUGUGUGUGUGUAUAUACGAUAUAUAUAUAUAUAUAUAUAUAUAUAUAUAUAUAUAUAUAUAUAUAUAUGAUAUAGAAAUUAAUAUUGAUAUUUUAGAUUGCAUACUCCACAAGGCCUCAGGUAUUGUGAAGCACGUAUGUGUUUAUGUAUAUUUGUUUGUGCUUGUGUUGUCUGUACAGAGGGUUUCAGGGGUAGCUGUACAAAAAAUUCAAAGAUGAGUAAAAAGCACAUGGAGCUAAACCAGCCAUCAGCAUCAGCUACAACUAAUCUGCCUAAGCAAUCAUGAAACUUUUAUCAGUUACUUGCUGUAGUUGUCUCUGCUGGCUGCUGAUGCAGACUGGUGCAAAUAGCUAGAUAAUUUAAGUUUAUGGCAUUAUCAUUCAUUUUCUUGCUUUUUUUCUUUAAAAUCAAAUGGGGUGGUGUAAAAGGUAAAGGAUUAGGACUAAAUGUCCUUGUUGUAAUGGGCUCAAUCCUUCAAAAUAGAAGUACUCGUGAGAAAAUCUCAAACAGUUUCUCUUCUUUUUUGCUCUGUCCCCAUUUACCCUUCCUAAUAAUGUCAAUGUGAGCUAAUCUCACCUAAAGGCAUGUUUUAUUUUUAUGUUAAUGACUGCAAUUAUAUUGUAAGCAUCUUUGUAAAAUAAAGCAGUGCAGUGGGGGUUUUUGAGUACGUGUUGUAAUAUAUUUAGCCCUAUCAAAUACUUUUUGGUUAAUUACUCCUGUUUUUUAUUUAGUAUAUGUGAGUUUCUUAUUUGAAGUAAAUAGAAAGGUAAUGGUAUAUCAUCAAUACCAUAUUUCAUUUUUGCACGUUUUGUUUACUUUCCCUUUGAGUGCAGGAUGUUUUCUACUAUCUACAUACAAAGUGACGCUUAUAAUGCAAAAAUAUUUUUGACAGGCAGCUACAAUGCUAAUGUCUAAUUCUCUGAAAUGCAUCUAUUUGAAACACUUAUUGUUCUCACAACACAAAACAAAGAGUCAUUUGUAUUAUUCUGACCCAAACCUAACCCACCCUUAUAGUGUCAGUUGUCACAGAAACACGUUGAAGAGGACUUUUUGUAGUGUGACUGAUGUUUCUUUGUAAUGCCUUUGUUUUUGGCCCACAUCUCCUCUUGAUCCGCUUCUCUUUAAUUUUCAUUUUUAUAAAAACAAUCAGCUGUUUGUGUGCAUUGAUGAAAAAUUUGCAAAUAUCCCAUAUGACAAGAUGAAAGUUCUAGUCAAUAUAGUUACAAAAGUCAAAUAAAUGUUGACAAUUUGACAGGUGCUGGGCAGUAAAAAGCCUCUGAACAAUACUAAAAGAAACAAUACAUAAUUUCUGUAAGUUAUAAUUAUUUAUUAAAUACGCAA